GGGGCUGGGAAAAAGUGGCUUUGAGUCGCAAUGCCGGUGACGUCGUCAGCCUUGAAGAUGGAACCGAGAAACCGAGGCCGUUGGAACGCCUCCGUAGCGAUUCCAGUUGCAUUGACUGCGGCCCGGCGAGACCACGAACCUCGUUUAAAUGCAGGAGGGAAGAGGCCACGACUACAACUCACGCGGAACCCGUUCGAUUUAGUCCAGCAAGGCUGUUUCCCCCUGAAGCUUUGUGGAUCUCGGUUUCGUUGGUCUAAGCUAGGGAGGCUGAGCCGAUCAGUCCACGUCGCCCUCGUCGAAAGCUCGAACAGUCGAAAUCGAAACGCCCAUUUAGGGGCCAUUUUGUUCCAGACGUCCCUCCAUGAGCCAGACAGUCGUCCUUAACUCUCGUCGUUCCCUCCUCAGCGAUGCACGGUAGUCUACAUUGCCCCGCGUCAAGAACGAAUUACCACCAUAUUCCAAGGCGCAAUCGAAUUCAGACGGCGACAACAUGUCAAUACGGAUAGCCCUGGACAACGCUCCCGAGUUUUACACCAAUCUGGAUGUCAUCCGGGGCCGCGUAAUCCUCGGAGUCAGCCGCCAUGAGAAUGUUGGCGCCAUCAUUGUGAAGCUCGAGGGCGAGUCCAAGACGGCCCUCGCUGUGCCGGCUGAAGGUGGGCAAGGUAACCGUGGCCCCAGCAGCGGUGAAAUCGUCCACGAGAACCACAAGAUUCUCUACAAGGUCGCCCAGGUCUUCCCUGAUGAGAACACCCCAGCCAUCCCCCCUUUCAUCCUUGCGCCGGGCCAGCACGAGUAUUCGUUCCGGUUCAAAAUCCCCUUCAACAAUGCCUGCGGCGACCCCUCCGCAAUGGCCAGCCUAGGCGGCCUCACAGGAGCAGGGGGCUUUGGUUCUGGACCGAGCAUCUUCGGUCUUGGUGGUAUCAGGGUCAUGGAUGGGAGCAAGCAACUGCUGUAUUCGCACGUCACCAAGACGCUGCCCCCGAGCUUUACCGGCUUCCCCAGGCAAGCCGAGAUCCGGUACUACAUCAAGGUCACGGUGCAACGGCCCGGCUUAUUCAAGGAGAACUGGAGAUACCAUGUUGGCUUCAAGUUCCUGCCCAUAGAACCGCCCAGGCCUGCAGCGACGAGCCAAGAAGCAUACGCACGCCGGCCAUUCACUUUCCGCCCCCGGAGUCCCGGACUUCAAUCCCCAGGGAAAGGGUCGUUUCUCGGCAACCGACGGCAAAGCAACCAAGGAAGCCCGGUUCCUUCUCCUUCCCCGGUCCCUGUUACCGGCGAGGACGGCAAAAUGCAGCCACCCUCAGGUCCUGUCGCGCCAUCGGUCGAGAUGUCGGCGCGCCUGCCACACCCCCCAAUCCUUACGUGCAACAAGCCCGUACCGCUCCGCCUGGUCGCCAAGAAGCUCGCCCCGGGCACCGCGGAUAUCUUCCUCGUCAGCCUGCAGAUCGACCUGAUCGGCACGACGGUGAUCCGGUGCGAGGACCUCGUCAACACCGAGACCUCCCGCUGGGUGAUCAUGUCGCGGCACGGGCUCUCCAUCCCCGUUUCCCACGCCGCCGACGGCGUCGGCGCCGAGGCCGUCGUCCCCGAAGCCCUCUGGCGCGACAGCCCCCUGCCCAACACCGUCAUGCCCAGCUUCCUCGCCUGCAACCUCAGGCGCUCCUACCAGCUCGAGAUCAAGAUCGGCCUGAGCUGCGGGAAACCCUCUUCGUCGUCGUCCUCCUCCUCCACUUCCUUCUUCAAGGCCAAGUCCCGCUCCCAGCUGGAUGCCGACGUCCCACAGGCCAUCCACCUGCCCCUGCACUUCAGCGCGGUGGAUGUGUACUCCGGCCUCGCGCCGCCGGCACCGCUCCUCGAGGCGAUGCGCCGCCAACAACAACAACAGCAGGCAGGCAGGCGGAGACCAUCAGCGACCAUUACCACCAGCGCCACCCGGCCGCAAGCCCAGCGACCCCCGCAGCAGCGACCGCCGAUCCCUCCUCCGCGACCGGCGGCACAAGCUCAACAGCAGCAGCAGCAGCAGCAACAACCGCCGCCCCACGACCCGCUAUACCCGCCGCAGCUGGCUCCCGGGCAGGACUCGCCGCCGUACGACGACGCGCCGCCCAGCUACGACGAGGCCGUGGCCGAGUCCGUGUCCGGGCCGGUGGUGCCCGACGGGACGGCGAGGCCGGCGUACAGCGGGGUCACCAAUGAGAACGGGCCGAGCACGAUACCGGAGAAGGGGUGAGUGAUUUGGAAAAAAGGGGGGGCAAGAGGCGGGGUUAGAUCCUCUGGUCUGGGGGGAGUUGGGCUGUGUUUAUGGUGUCAUUUGCAGGAGAGAGACGUCUCACUUAUCGAUCGGUUAGUGGGUCCUGGAGAGGCAAUGGCGUACUGAGCGUAUAGAAUCAUUCAUGACACGGGGAAUAUGUGAAUAUUUGAAGGUUUCAGUGUAUCUUUUCAUCGAUCAAAUGCUUAGGCGCAGGGGUGGUAUAGGAGAAAGACAGGCCCCAGGAAGACGUAGUCAUGGUUUAUAGAAAUAGACCUCUCCCUUUCUUGACACGCUCACACACACCACAAGCAGCAACGAUAGAUUGCGCAAGCAUUUAUUCAUUUACAUUUACAUCAAUUGACCCUGAAUUAGCGCGACAGACUCGAUAUUGAACCCGCGAGUCUUGUCCCGCCAGAAAGCAAC